UUCUCAAGGAAUUUCGCAGUGGUUGGAGAGACUCUGAGAAGAGAGCACUAGAGAAUUUGUCCAAGUGUAAAGUGGGUCACACAGUGAAAAUGAAAAGUUUUGUGUUUGUGGCAAUUCUACUGGUCAUUGGCCACAAAUUGUCUCCAUGCGAGGGAAAGGUCCUUGUCUCCGUCUACUACGAAUCCCUCUGCCCUGACAGCAUCCGCUUCAUCAGCAAUCAACUCUAUCCCAAUGUCCAGGAUCCAGGACUGAGGGAUUUCAUUGAUGUGGAAUUUAUACCCUUCGGAAAGAGCAGUUCCCACCCAAAUGGAAACACCGUAGAAUUCACGUGCCAGCAUGGACCAGCAGAAUGUGAAGGAAACAGACUCCAGUCAUGUGUCCUCCACCAAAUUCCCAAUCAGCCAGCUGAGCAGCUGAACUUCGUGGCGUGUCAGAUGAACUUCCAAGCUGAACCAACUGGCGAAGUCUGUGCAACUUCUUCAGAUGUUGACUGGCAAAGUGUCCAGCAAUGCUACCAGAGUUCCCUGGGAACUCAAUUGCAGUUGGAUGCUGAAGUAAGGACGAAUGGUGUCCUGCCACUGACCAAUUUCGUUCCAACAAUCGUCUACAAUAACGUUUUCGAUAAAACACUCCACGAAAGAUCCCUGAAGGACUUCAGGAAAGUCGUCUGUGAGCAACUCAAGUAUGAGCCCCUAGCUUGCCAUAUUAAAUAAGAGUGCAAUAUAAUCUCCCAAGAAAGUGAAAAAUAUGGGAAAAUAAAGACAAAUAAAUACAUUUCUAUCAGUA